UGAAAAUCCUCGCGUUCAAACAGUCGUUAAAAAGUCCCUGCAUUCGUGCUCUAUUGGGUGUACAGACAGUGGGAUACCAGUGGGUACAGACAGUGGGAUACCAGUGGGUACAGACAGUGGGAUACCAUUGGGUACAGACAGUGGGUUGUUAGAGUCUCACAAAACACCGAAACAAAAUGUGGACUCCUAAGUUAGCGAUCCUUCUGUCCUUGGUGUUCUUUGCGGAAGCUGCGAUGACACUCCGUGAGCUGUCGACGGCCUACCUACCGUACGGGUACGCACCGAGCGGGGACGGACUGUUGGCCCGAGGGAAUGGGUCCGCAGCGAAUGCGCGGGUGCACACUGUCGUGGUUUUGGAUCCCAUCUCGACGGUUUACGUACCCUACUACUACCAACCAGACAUGACGCCACAGUAUGCAUUGGACGGGGACGCAGUACAACAAAGCGCUUAUGACAAGAUCAGUGCUAUGGUCUACUCUAUUGGUGAUCAAUUCCUGCACGUCGUCGACAUCUCUGACGUCACGCGGCCCAACAUUAUCCAUUACAUGGAGUUAACCGGGCCUGGAGAAGAUAUUGAGCUAUGCGGCAUUGUCAUUGGUAUUGUUUUAGAUGGUAUCCCUGGAAAGCUGGAGUUGUACAGCCUCUAUGACAGCCGAUACAAUAGACUCUCUCUUAUUGAAAGCAUUACAGUUGGGAGCAAACCAGAGAUGCUGAAAUUCACCGCUGACUGUCGCACCGUACUGGUAGCUAACGAGGGGAAAACAAUUGAAAAGGAUGGAUACAUCGUUGACAUUGAGGGCUCUGUUUCUAUUCUUCAUCUCAGUGAAACAGGAACUCUUCUGAGUAAUAUCAACUUGAACUUUACGUCUUUCAACAAAAGAGCCCAAGACUAUCUGGAGCGCGGUGUCAGGUGGCCUUAUAGAGGAGAAAUAAGUGAAACCCCAACAGUAUUUUCUCAAUCAAUAGAACCAGAGUAUAUUACUUUGAAUGGAGAUGACACAAAGGCGUACAUUUGCCUUCAGGAUAACAACGCCAUCGCAGUGAUAGAUCUGACUUCAGACACCUUUGUAGACAUGUAUCCUCUCGGAGUCAAGUCCUGGAAGAAUUUGCUUCUUGAUGCAAGCGACAAAGAUGGAGGGAUUCAUUUCGAAUCGUACGAUAUCUACAGCAUCUAUCAGCCUGAUGCCAUUAAACACAUGGAGGUGGAUGGCGUCGGUUACAUCAUUACGGUUAAUGAAGGACAUGACUUGGAUUACGAAGCUGGCGACAGAGAAUGGAAGGAUUACAAACGAGGAAGGGAGUUUGUGGACGAUAAUGAGCUUGCUUCUUCGGUGUCUCAUGCUCUGCGAGGUGCACUAAACGACGAUGACAAACUAGGCCGACUGUAUAUCAGUACAGUGGAUGGCCGCAACCCACAAGAUCCUACCAAGUUCGACAAACUUCACUUCUUCGGAGGGCGUAGUUUCUCAGUGUUCAGGGCGGACGAUUUCUCACUUGUGUACGACAGUGGGGACGAGGUUGAACGACAACACGCCAUCUUCUUCCCCGACGUUUUCAACGCUGAAGGAAAAUCGCGUGACCCCGGCGACGAGUCACCCGAGGAUAAAUUUGACAGCCGUUCUGAUGACAAAGGACCGGAGUGCGAGGCGAUCGAGACGGGCGAGCUCAAUGGAAAACGCCUCUUGUUCGUUGCGCAGGAACAAACCAGUACCGUAAUGGUAUACAGCUUCACGGAACAUUCCGCUGUUCCGAAAUUCGAGUCAAUUUACAGGGCUGGUGGGACGAGCGACUCUUUCGAAAAGCUACUGGAAAACCGGAACCUUGGGGAUCUUCGUCCGGAAGACUUGCAUUUUAUCCCAGCCUCAGACAACCCCAGCGGUAAACCAAUCCUGUUGGUUACUGGUAAAGUCAGCGGCACCUUGUCACUAUACGGAGUCAAGGAGGUCGAGAAAAGCCAACAUACUGGCGGCAGUCCAUAUUUACGUACGUCAGCAAUGGCAUGGGUUGUCUCAGCAUUAGUGUACGCGAUCACCAUGUUAUAAAUAAUCAUCUCUGCACGCCACAGACAGCUGUUGGAAAGGAUUGCCAAUCAAACGCACCUUAGAAUUUUGUUUACACAAGUUUCUCAAAACCUGGGAAAGCUGUAGACGGUUUGGAUUCUUGGGCCUUGGCUUAAAGGCAGUGGACACCACAGUUGGUGUAUCUCAACAUAUGCAUGAAAUAACUAACCUGUGAAAAUUUGAGCUCAAUAGGAAGUCCACUGUACUCCCGAGGAUUUUUGAAUACAAAAGCAUGUUUAUAUAUUAAGCCUAUAAAUUGGCUUCAAAUAAUGGCUAUUACACAUUUUAGUUUAUUUCAGCGAAUAUAUAUGCGUACAUUAAAGUCACCUGGAAGUGGUAUUUUUUCAAAAUAAAGCUUUUGUCACUAAUAUAUGUGUUUUGAUGAGUGGAA